GCCAAGAGGACCGCCCAGUGCCCAAAGUGAACUGAACGUUAUCAUUACUUUCGUUUUUGGUUGCGGUACUGUUGUGUCGUUUUUUCUUGGUCACAUUUCUAUCAACUCUUCCAUCGUACAGAGACCGUGAAAAGAUGAAGCUGUUUGUCUGCGCACUUCUCGUCGGCGUGCUCUGCCUCCUGGUCCCUUCUUUGGCCAAAGAAGCUCCACCCAAGGUUCAGGUCUACAGCCGUGCUCCAGGAGUGGCAGAUAAAGCCAAUAUCUUCAUCUGUCACGUGAGUGGCUUCCACCCACCAGAGAUCCAAAUUGAGCUGCUCAAAGAUGGAAAUCCAAUCCAAGGAGCCAACCAGACUGACCUGGCCUUUGAAGAGGACUGGCAUUACCACCUGACCAAAUAUGUGCCCUUCACUCCACACAAAGGAGAGGAGUUUGCUUGCAGGGUGACUCACAUGGGAAAGCCGAAGACACAUCAUUGGGAAUCUGAUAUGUGAGAUUGCUCUGCCUUGCCUCAGGUUUGCCUCGCCUCAAGAAUAUAAGAAAAUUGGAAUGUUUUGCCUCAUCUUGGUUUGCAUUGUGAAAGUUUGAGCAAAUGAGAAGAAAACUGCUUUUCUACUUCGUUUCUGUAUCUGAAAUUCCAAAUGUAUUCCAAAAUAAAGCUUCAGUAAGAAUAACAGGAACCUCUAGAUUACAUGGGUUCAUUUAAAAAGGACCCCUGUGCUGCAUGUGUUUCUGUCAGUGAACCCGCUCACUCUUAUAAUUCACAAUUCCAGAGAUUUAAUUAAUUAAUAUCAUAAUUAUGGUUUAAAAAUCAUGAACUGUGCCAUUUGCAGUGUCAUGGAAAAAUGAGAAAUUAAUGUUUAAUGCAAUUUAUGAGAAAACUCUGUGUGGAGGUACAUCUCUUUGUUGCAGCUCCAGUUUGCUACCAGAACAAUUGGCACAGUUGUCCAUUUUAUUAAAUACACAGAGGCUUUAUUAUGGCAGUAUCGAGUCCUAAUGUCUCAUCUCAGUCAACACUUUCACAUCCAGCAGAAUUAUUGGGAAUAUGGAUAUCUGUGGUUGCAGCAUUGACAACAAUAGAAAAGAUCCCAUCAGUAAAUCAGUUAUAGGGUGACUUCAAUUUUAUGAAUACAGAAUGACAUAAAUGUGCACGUUCACCUCAUUUAAUUCAGUCUCCAGUCAGUUGUGAGCUUGUGGUGAAGGAGUGGCUGCCCACAGAAACAAAACAGCUAAAUAGUGAUUUAGACUAAUGAUUGAAAAUGUAAAUGUUAGCAUUCUUUUUGUGUGUUUGAAUCUACAAAGUCUAAAAGGUUUUAUCUUCACUGUCAUGAAUUGAUUAGCAAUUGUUAUAUUGUACUAUUGAGAGAUGAUUAAUAUCCCAAACCUGAGCACUUGUUGUUGAAGUAUAUAUAUUCGUAAAUCCUAGUAUCACUCUGUAAAUAUAUUUUCUAUGAUAUAAUGAUUGGGGGUUUGUGGGUGUGAAUUGUUAUUGACUCUUUGAAUUUGGAAAUAAAUCUGAUAAUGUCUUAAUUUC